UCUCAGGAAGCAGUGCAGUGUUUCAUAAUAUUCUUUCUUCGUUAGAUUUGAGAAUGACGGCUUCUUAAAAUUAUACGGAAGAUUUUGGGUAUCAACAAAAUUAAAAGACGUUUUCUCCAGGGAUCUCAAGCGUUUAGUCCAGUACUAUUCCAGGAAGUGCAAGUAGCUUGAAAGAACAAUAUGUUGGAUAUUAUCCCGAAAGUUUCACUCGAUUCCCCUGAAGGUCAAGCAUUAUUACGAGAAUCUUCCAUCAAGCAAACCUUGUUGAUUCGACUAUCCAGCAAGCAGCUGAAAAAUGGAUUCUGUGGUUUCACAUCUGUUGCGCACAUCAUGAGCUUCCACGCCCUCGCACGGAAAUACCCUGACACUUCGUUGCACGACCAUUGCGACGUUUCCGAUAUCCGUUACACCGAAGUCAACAUCUUUGACCACAAGGAGACGCAGUCAGUGCUCGGAACUGCGGAAUAUUUUGAUAAGAGAUUUCAAGGUGCGAGUCUCACUGAGAUUGAACAGUUGUUGAAGUUGCAAGGGCUUUCGGUCGUCACGAAACUCGGGAACGAAAGCGACGCCGAGGAAUUCCGUCGAUUGGCAAAGGAAGCGUUAUCGAGCAACCAAUCGGGAGUCAUUCUUAAUUUCUACCACUUUUCCAAAGUAAAGUGGGGUCACUUUAGUCCGUUGGCGGCGUACCACGAGAAAACAGAUCGGUUUCUGCUCUUGGAUACACGGGAUGAUCAUCCGUAUGUUUGGGUGACAGUCGCCGAUCUCUUCCCUUUGAUCAAUACACUGGACUCGAAAACGAAAAAGAGUCGAGGGUUUUUGAUUGCCACAAGUAAUCAAAACAAACUCAAAGACUCAUCUGUAUAAACAUUUUAUAUGAUGGUGAUAUCUGCAUGGAGAGCAUUAUGAUCAGAGAGGCACUUACACGUAUUUAGAUUUAGAUUUAGAUUUUAUU